GCACGAGCUCCCCUCUCAACGCCAGGGCAAAUGUUACAUCGCGCCUCGCGUCUUUACCCCUCAUGUACUCGCUUCGUUUAGCUAGCAGCGGCAGCACGGGACUCGGCUUCGCGCUCGGCCGGCUCGGCGGGAGGAGUGGCGGCGGCGGCGGCGGUGGUGGUUUAGCGCCCGCGUCGGCGUCGUCGUCGUCGGUGGUAUCCGCUCGCACGAGGAGGACCGUCUCCGUGACGCCCAACGCCGCGGCGCCGACUCCGGGCGAGCAGGGCGUCGCGAUGGAGCAGGGCAAGCAGCAGCACCAGCCACCACCUCCGUCGCAGCCGCAGCCGCAGCAGGAGAAGCGCGGCUCCCGCGACGACGACAUGCACAAGACCACAGGGGACGUGAUGACCCACUCUUUCGGGGAGGGAUACUCGACGCGGUCGGACGAGGAAGGGUUCGGUGGCGUGUACGGACAGAACGACCCGGUGUUCAACCCUGGGACCGAGGUGCACCCCAGCCACCCUGAGUACGACACGUCGCAGGGGUCGGAGGUGAAGGAGAAGGAGAAGGCGCGCCACCAUAAGGACGACAAGCACGCGACCUAAGCCUAGCAGUUGGGGGCUGGAUUAGGUCCUAAUCGUAGUUUAGUCGGGCAUGACGGGGAUCACCCCCAUCAUCACCUGUGCAUCCACGUUGCCCUAUCUUUGAUGGGCACUAGUUGUAUCUUUUGCUUCUGAACUGUUUUGAUGCAUUUGUUUUAUUCCUUAGAUGUGAUGUAAAAUCUCUACAGUACUUAAUUAGCUAUGUACUGGUACUGUGAGUUCUCCAGCGCUUGUGUCUCCUGGUGUGUGUGAUCAUGUAAUGAUGAGUCGAUUCAUAUAUAUACUCCCUCCUCCUCCGUCAUCCCUUCUAUAGGAUUUUCAAAAAACAUCCCUUCUAUAGGAUUUGUAUAAUAAAUCUGUAAUAAAAGAGAUUUUAGGUGGCUUGGAUA